UUCAGGCUCCGCUGUUGCGCAUUGCACUGACUCACACAGUGCAGAGAGGGAGGGUUUAAAAACCCCAAAAUACCUAAAACAAAAACGUCCCGAUCUCAGGAGGAAAUGGAAGAAAGAGUGGAUUAGCCGCGAGUCAAAAGUGGAGGAGUGGGAAGGAAUGACGAAACUCGGGAUUCUGUAUUCUGAUGAUGCCGAGGAGCCGGUUUCUGCUUCAGAUUUACAUCCACAACAAGUCUGAGGAUGACGGCUGCCAGUCCGCCCUGCAGCCCUGCCUCCUCCCACUCCUCACCCGUUUGCCUCCCGGCCUGCCGCAGACACCUGAGGAAAGGAGAAGCCCUCCAGACCAAGCUGCGUCUGGGCUCCCCCCCGGGCGUGUGGCUCAUGCUGGGCGCAAUGGUGGUGCUGGUGGGGAUGAGCGUGGCGGUGGCGGGCUACAUCUCCGCCGCACCGAGGCCGGCCGUGGGCGGACGCGGGAGCACCCACGUCGAGAGGAUGAAGCUGGCCGGGCCGGUGGUCAUGGGAGUGGGGCUCUUCAUCUUCAUCUGCGCCGCCACGCUGCUGUACGAGAACCGGGACCGAGAGAGUCUUGUCCGAGACCCUCUGAACGACCUGGAGGACCUGAAGGGGAGCAGCUGCUGGGAGGAUACUCAGGAGCAGUGGGAGCACUCGGAUGAGGAGGAGUCAGCGUGGGCCAGCCCGGUCCACAUCCUGCCUCUGGCCAGCACUGAUUCUCCUCCUCCUGAUGAAGGAGGUGCAGCUAGCGAGGGUGGAGAUCAAGAGGAAGAGGAGAAUGAGGAAGAGGAGAAGGGGAAGUCGAUACUGCUCACUCAAGUUCUGCACCACCAGGCGCCCAAUCCUCACCCAUCCUCACCCCGCCUGUCCACUUCUUCUGACCCGGUUCACUCAGAUUCAAGCAACUCGAGUGAAAUCGACUUUAAUGACCGGACAGAGUCUUUAGAGCUGCCCCAGGACUGACGCUCUGCCACGCACAACCACCGGACUAUGCACUGCUCAGUGAGGAAGAGCGUAAGAUUUGUUUGUAUGUUAUAGUGCCUCUGAGUGGUAUGCUGAGUCACUGUCUCUGAAGGGUGUUUUUGUCCUACAUUGCUCACUGACUCAUUCACAUUUGAAAAAUUUUAAGCUGCGCUGUUUGAUGUCAACUCGCCAUCUUGUCUCAGAGCUCCGCCCAGCUGCCCAUAAAACUCCACUUCUGGAGUGACCAAACAUGGACCUGCCGUAAAAGUUAUUUGGGUGCCAACCUGGGUGAUAAAUGCUUCCUCUCACACUCAUCCUCUCCCCAGAGGUGGACUUUUCCUUUCUUAAGAGGUUCACUAAAGAGGAUGAGCCAGAUUAGGUCCUGAAUGAGUCUUUAUCUUAUCUCACGUGCAGUAUAAUCGUCUCUUUAUCUCGGGGAAAGUUGUGUUUCGGUGUAAACAAGAGCAGCACAAAAGCCACACUCCUCUCACUCGACACCUACAGCCAUGCUAUUAAUACCAGCUGGUGCUCGAUUGCAAGAUCCGGAUUUCUUACAGUAAAUUUCUUUGGAAUCCCACAUUCAGCUGUUCACAUUUCUUCCCUUCCAUUAGUGCGGCGUCGAGAGAUCUGAGAGAAUCUGAGAGAAUCUGAGAGUGGAUGAACAGACACGAGUAACCGCAUUUAAAAACACAAAUUCUGGUGAGGCUGCGAUGAGUUAUUCUUGACGUAACUGAGAAAAAUCACUCCUGUCGGUUUGAGUAAGUGAUGCCUCACUCUCCCACCAUCGCGACCUCUCAUCUCCCAUCUCUUCAUCACCUCGUUUCCUACGCUUUAUUCAAAUUUUCAUUACUCCAUCUCAAUUCUUGGCUUGCGCACAGCUGAGAAAGGGCACAAAAAGUAAAUAAAGCACAAGAAAACAUUUGCAAGUACAAUUAAAGGGAUGUUUCAGAAUAAGAUUCUGUCGUAAGGAGUAAAUAUUAUCUCUUAUCCCAUCUUUAGUUCUUUGAAUCAGUUGAGCUUCGACAGUGAAGAUACCCGACAGUCUAAGAGGGAGAUCAAGACCAAAGUGGACUUCAGUCAUCCUAAAAAACCCAACCUCAAAAACAUCACAGCGGUAGAAAAACCCCCAUAUUCGACUGAUUUUUGUAAAAGAUUACUUUCCUAUCAAAUUUUUUCUGAUAAGCAAAAUUUGCUAUGUUAAUUUUCAACUAGGUUACUGGUGGGAGUCCUCCUCCAAGCUCCUUCUCAGCUGUAAAUAAUCUGAGUAUUUUCUAUUGUUAAAUGCUCAAUGCAAACAUGAAAAAACCCAAACAUCAUAGACACUUAUUUAAUUAUAGUAACAACCUUUAAAAUGUUAUAAUUGCAUCAGAGUUAUUUUCUUUUCUUACAGAAGACGCUGAAUAUUUACAGCUGAAAUAAAGCUUAGAGGUGGUGCACUACCAGUAAUCUCCCCUGUAAAACAAACUUAAAAUACAACUCAGAGAAACUAUCUGAAAGAAAAUGACUGCACACUCUGCACACAAUAAUAGAAUUUGAGUUUGGUUAAUAAUUUCUUUACUGUGACAACGCUUCCAGGUAAUAAAUCUUAUGCUUUUGGGAAGCCUGUUUAUCUCCCUUUCAAUGGUGCUACAUUUGUAGACAAAAUGUAUUUGAAGAAUAUAGUGGGGGAAAUAAGUAUUUAAUACACAUCUGACUUUUGAAGUUACUUACAAAGAAUGGAGAGGUUUGUAAUUUAAUAUAAUAAUUGGCAUUUCACUGAUACAACAGAAAAAGUUACUUAAUAUGGUCUGCAGAAACCAGGAUGCAGUAGUUAUUUUCACCUCUCCUUCAUACAGAUCUCAGGGUUUUGGGGUCACUCCAGGAACCUCAGAUGGUCCUAAGAAACAUUCCUUGUUCCCUUGGUGGUGUGCUUUGGGUCAUUGUCAUCGUAGAAGACCUGGCUAUGGCCCAUCUUCAGUGCUCUUAGCGAAGUUAUCUCAAAAUCUUGCGAUGCAAUCCCAUCCAUCCUCUCCUCAGUAAGUUCAAUAUCCAGCAAAUGACCUGAUUAUUUGACUCAGGGGUGGUGAAGCAGAGACACACCAAAAGGUUACAGUACACCGGCCCUUAAGGAGCGGAUCUGACAAUCAAUAAUCUAGAGUUUUGGUUUCUUGGACAGUGUUUUGGUCUUACCUGUGGUGUGGAGAGGUUGGAGUCUGAGUGUGUGGAUAGAUGUCUUUUUAUACAGGUAAUAAGUUCAAAGAGGUGCAAUUAAUACAAGUCGAACAAAACUACUUCUUACAGACAAGUUCGUUCUUGGUAGGAAGGGAAUCGAAUAUUUAACGUGAUAAUAUGAUGCUAAUUAAUUUGUUUAAAAUCAUACAAUGUGAUUUUCUGGAUUUCCUUUACAUUCUGUCUCUCACAAUUGAGGUGAACCUGCCAUAAAAAUUACAGACUUCUCCACACUUUGUAAGCAAAUCAACACUGAAUUAAAUAUCUUAUUGUAUAUGAGAUUGUUCCAUGAAAAAUUUCCCAAAUUCUCUAUGUAAAUGUGAAAGUGCUGGUUUUGGUUUCAUACCUGAAUUGGAUGAUUAACGCUCAUAGAAACUAAAUUAAUUGUCAAUUUAACUACUAACUAAUCCCAACUAACUUUAAAAAAAUUUUAACAAACAUGAACCUCAGGAGUGCCUGUCAGAAGUGUCUCAAAGUUUGAACAAAGAAUAGGGAAAAAAAAAAAACAAUCAACAGGUCUGAGGUUUACUUUGGCCUUGGUCACUUUUAGAUUUUGCAUCCAGAACUUACUCAUCAGGAUUUAUGCAAAACGAGAACAUGGAGAGCUAUCUAUUGCAGGUAGGGUAACAACUGCUUAUUUAGACAGAAACCCAGUUUACAAAUCCUGACCUAUCCCUUUAAGCCAAGAUCAGCCCAUUAGCACAGACAGGGAGGAAAGUGGGUUGGAUUUUAUUUUAAUUAUCACCAGCGUUUUCCUCUCGUCUCUAAUUACACAGGAGAUCAGUUUGAACGUUUUUAUAGGUAGUUAAGGACUGCUAAGUAUUUCCUUGCAGGUUGGGCUCACGCUGAGAUCCCGCCAUCGAGAUGACGAGUGAGACUGGAGUUUACAGUGAUCUGUGCCCAUCCAUUUCAGCCGCAGCUGUCUUGGCAGGAGCUCAGUGCUGUUUUAGGAUGCAGGAUGUAUAUUUCAGUUGCAAAAGGUGAAAAAUGGAUCUUGAUUUGAGCCGUCAACAUCUCCCACAAAAAGAAAUCUGCCCACUCUUCCCUCUCACACUUAAGGGGAGUCCUGCUCAGUGUGAGAUGAUCUAAUGCAUUUGAAUUCGGUGAGAACGAGGCUGUGCUGUGAGGCUGCAGUCGCUGAUAAUUUAUUUAUAAAACUGAGUGUGACAGUAAACCGACCAGAGGGAAUAAUGUCAGCGCAUAUCUAAAUGCAUGCAGAAAUGACUGCCGCUACACAAAUGGAGAAAUCUUCUCAAACGUAGAUCUGUGUUUGUGUCUGUGCAGCAGCGUUACAUAAGUCAGCAGUGCAGGUUUUAUGCUGCAUUGACAGUACAACUGAAUCAAAUCCUUUACUCCCAGAGAGUAUUGUGCUCAUGUGAGGCAUUGAUACAUAUCUGAGCAGACGGACAGGAAGCAGUAAGCUGCUUAGCCCUGCGCUGACUCAGUAUGCAAGCUAUUUCUCUGUUCCCUAUAACAGAGACGCUCCAAUCAACAUUUUUUACCUAGACUUAACCAGCUGGAAAAAAUUCUGUUUAUUACUUAAAUAGAGAUCACCUCAGAUCCCAGACCAGCGAAAUCAGCUAAGAAGUCAUGGAAAGUUAACGCCGCUAACGAGGAGAGCUGUGUGUCACUGAGAAGGCAUUUACUUUCUGACUGAAACAAUAUGUCAGCAUUUUAAAGGUGUAACAUUGACAUUUAAUGCGUGUUUAAAACUGCCAAUAAACCAAAAAGCAUUUUAUUAUAUUAAAAGAAACAUUCUAUAUGAAUUUCUAUGUGAAUUUUAUUUCUUCAUCUCUGCAGCUGCUGUCAAAACUUCAAUGACCCACAUCCCUUCAGCAGCUGUGAUUGGUUCUAAAGGUCCAUUGCUUAGCUAAUCCAAUUUCUAUCCAGCUCCCACGUACGUGGCGAGUAUUCAUGGUGCAGUCAAAGGGAGACACCUGCUCAGAAUGAAAGGACUACUAUUCUGUGUUUUUGCCAUCAUGAUGCUCACACCUGCUCAAGGUGAGGAAGAGGAGCAGCUGAUGGAGUUGGAGGGACUGGAACCAGAGGAAUCGUACCUGGAGUGUUUCCGCUGCGAUCUGGGCUUUUGGGAUGCCUGCUACACGACAGAAACC